UUGAAAAAAAAAAAAAAAAAUGGGGUCUAAAACUCAUGAAUACAUAGUAAUGCUACCAUUCUUGGCUCAAGGUCAUCUCAUACCAUUCCUAGCACUAGCAAGACAAAUCCAUCAAAGAACUGGCUUCACCAUCACCAUAGCCAACACUCCCCUCAACAUCAAAUACCUUCGCUCAACCAUAUUAUCCCAUGAUCAUGAUCAUGAUCUCCACUCAAACUCUUCAUCUGAUUCCAAUUUCAUCCACCUUGCUGAGCUCCCUUUCUGCAGUACCCAACAUGGGUUACCUCCAAACACAGAGAACACAGAGAACUUGUCACUCAAAGACAUAGCAACUCUUUGUCAUGCAUCAAUGACCCUUGAAGCUCCUUUCCAUAGUUUAGUCCGUGAUAUAACAGACAAAGAGGGUAAGCCUCCUCUUUGUAUUAUAUCAGAUGUAUUCUUUGGUUGGGCUGUGAAUGUUGCAAACAGCAUAGGUUGUGCUAGUAUUAAUUUCACCACUUGUGGUGCCUAUGGCACUUCGGCUUAUAUCUCUUUCUGGCUGAAUCUCCCACAUCGUUUUUCUGAAUCCGAUGAGUUUGCUCUUCCGGGGUUUCCUGAUAGAUGUCAAUUCCGUACCUCACAACUGCACCCAUUUGCAAGAGCUGCUGAUGGUACGGACACAUGGUCUACAUAUAUGCAGCCACUUAUUUCAUAUUCAUUGCAGUCUCAUGGAUGGUUGUGUAACACAGUUGAGGAAUUUGAACCUUUAGGAUUGGAAAUUCUGAGAAAAUACAUCAAACUUCCUGUUUGGACUAUUGGUCCUCUUCUUCCCUCAGCUGCCUCUAAGAAAUGUUCAGACUCCAAUAUUUUUAGACAGCGUACCGGUAAGAAGCACGGGAUAUCACCUGAAAAAUGCAUUGAAUGGCUCAAUCUUCAUCAUCCAGGUACAGUUCUUUAUAUUUCGUUUGGUUCACAGAACACUAUCAGUGCCUCUCAAAUGAUGGAGUUAGCUCUAGGUUUGGAAGCUAGUGGAAAACCUUUCAUUUGGGUGCUAAGGCCACCUCUUGGUUUCGACAUAAAAGGUGAAUUUAGAGAAGAAUGGUUGCCAGAAGGGUUUGAAAAGCGAAUGAAUGAAAGCAAACAAGCGUUGUUGGUUCAAAACUGGGCACCCCAGUUGGACAUUCUGUCACAUGAAUCAAUUGGUGCAUUUUUAAGCCACUGUGGCUGGAACUCAGUGUUGGAGAGCUUAAGCCAAGGUGUGCCUAUUAUAGGGUGGCCUAUGGCAGCGGAACAGAUUUACAAUUCGAAGAUGCUGGUGGAGGAGAUGGGGGUGUGUGUGGAGUUGACAUGGGGAGUGCAGAGAGAGAUUGAAAGGAAGGAAGUGAAGAGGGUGAUAGACUUGGUCAUGAACAAGAACGAGGGCCAAGGCAAGGAGAUGAAAAAGAAGGCUGCUGAGAAUGGAAAGCGAAUAAGGGCAGCAACAAAGGAUCAAGAGGAGGGGUCUUCUGUCAAAGCAUUGGAUGAAUUUGUAAGAACAAUUUUAGCCCAGACGACAUUGGAGUAUCAUAAUCAUAAAAUAUAGUUUAGAUUUGAUUAGUUUAUUUUAUAUAUAGGAUCUACAGAUCUUUUGUGUUAAACAAUUUGUGUACAAUAAGUAUUACCAUAAAUGGUUUGCUUCAUUUUCUUUCCUGUUAUGUGAACCAUCCUAAAUUCCAGUGUAAGAAUAAGAAGGGGGAAAAGAGUUCUAAAUAAAAUCUGUAUUUUUA